AUGAGCACUCGCCAGAAGAAAAGUGGGCAGACCCACAGGAAAAUUUGCUGUUGCGAAGCCUUUCAAUGCAACGCCGGCGUCUAUCCUGACGCUCACGGUAACAGUCACACUGGGGUUGAACUUACUCGUGAAGCUUACGAUGCUCAUCAGCGUGCUGAAAUUCGUAAUCGUGCACGCGCUUCCUUGUCGCCAUCUGCUUCGUCAACACCACAAUCGAUUAGAAGUGUUUCAAGAGGUCAAUCCGAUUUGAUUUCUCCUUUGAGCCGUAUGGUUCUGAAUCGGUCAGAAUCAGAAAACUCGCCGUCAGGUCAUUCUCGAUCUCAUGCCUUGGUACCGGAACGGGAUGAAGAUGUAUCAAGUAUUUCGCGCCAGUCAGAGGAUCAAGGUAUAGAGCAAAGUAAUGUGGAACAGGAUGUCCCGGCCAUCGCAACAUCCUUGAACAUAUCGGAAACUAGAUCCUCUCGAAAAUGUAUGGCUGCUCGUUCAGCAAGGAAUGCUGGCGUCAAGACUUAUGAUUCUAGUAGGUUUUCCUAUAUAUAUUUUUCCUGUAUGAGCGGUUCGUGUACUUAUGGUGAUCACAUCUUCUUAAACUUGUGA